GCUUCCGGAAUGGGUUUGCUCUUCAGGAAUUUUCUUGUGUCCAGAAAUUUUGCAUUUUACCGUGAUAUCCUGAAGAUGAAGCUGCUCACACAGAAGGAAGCCAUUGACAUUGAUAAUAAGCUAUUCAAUGACUACAAAUUCAGUGUGGAUCAACUGAUGGAACUAGCUGGACUUGCCUGUGCCCACUCCAUUGCAAAAUGCUACCAAAUUGAUAAACUUCCAACUGCAAAAGUUCUCGUUUGCUGUGGUCCUGGGAACAAUGGUGGAGAUGGUUUGGUUUGUGCCAGACAUUUGGCACUGAUGGGCUACACGCCGGUGAUCUACUACCCGAAGCAGACAGACAACAUUCUCUACAAGAACUUAGUUCAUCAGUGCAAGGGGAUGGAUAUUGAAUUCAUCCAGGAAGCUCCCAAAAGUGAGGAGAUUGAUGCGGGAUUUUCAGUAGUCAUUGAUGCUCUCUUUGGGUUCAGUUUCAAACCCCCAGUGAGGGAAUCCUUCAUCGCAAUUAUGGAAUCUCUCGUGAAAAUCAAAACCCCGAUUGCCAGCAUUGAUAUUCCGAGUGGAUGGGAUGUUGAACGUGGUCCAAUGGAUGAGAAAUCGUCAAUCAAUCCCCAAAUGCUUAUUUCCCUCACAGCACCGAAACAAUGUGCUGCCCAUUUUAAGGGAGAAUUUCACUACCUUGGCGGAAGAUUUGUCCCUCCCUCCCUGCAGAAGGAGUACAAACUGGAUUUGCCGGUAUAUCCGGGAACUGAAUGUUGCGUAAAGUUGUAAAGAAAAGGGGGAAUGAAAUAUUAAAUUUUUUUUCUAAUUAAAA